CUACAUGAGUCGAGUUCAUCGAGUGGCAUGGCCAUGGCAAAGCCCCCGGCCACGCCGGCGAUCGAGUGCACCGUACCCCCAUCCUGAUCCUAGCUGGAGCUCCGCGAGGAGGAUCAUCGAGGAGAGCGAGCACGGUGACGUGAGAAAGGUAGAGAGAGUUUUAGAGGCAGAGCCGGGAGCUGAGCUGUGCCUGUGUCAAGCUAGUCAAGUGUGUAAGUAUAAUUGAAAUGGCUGAAAGACAUGGAUUUCAUGAGGCACAUUUCACCUCCAUACCCUGUCAGAGCAACGUCUAUGGUCUUACAUCCUUGGCCUACCCUGGAGGAGUCGGUAAGGUGUUGGUUGCUCCACUCAAAGAUAAAGUAGUCUCUCUAGAAUACAUGGCAGAGAGGGGUAAGACUGAGCUUCAACCUGUAGCCAAAGAAAUCCACUUUGCAGGAAUUCCAGAUGAUGCAGAGAUAAUCUCAAUCGAUUCCUACCAACGUCUUAUGGAGGAUGGUGGAGGAUACAUCAUUGGAAUUACAUUUGCCAAGGAUGCAGAGACUGAUCAUCCUUCUCAUAUACUUAACCUUUAUGCACCAUGGGACAAAGGAUCUGAGUAUGUACUUGACAGUAUAGCACAGAUGUGGACCAAUAUAGAGCUGGAUUUCACCCCAUACUAUCUCUGUCACACCAAGAUUCUUGAAGAUGGUGAACAAGAGAUAGUCUUCCUUCUCACCGGGUCUGACAAUCAAGUUCACCUAUAUAGGGAGGAACUUGGUGGUCGAUUCUCUGAGCAUCCAGUGACAAGUAUUUUUCCUGAAUUUAAUGAUUUACCAUGUGUUGCAUUAUGGUUGGACAGUUGGAAUCUCAAAGACUGCAGACGGUUGAGUGUUGUUGGAUGUCGUAGUGGCUAUAUAAGACUUGUGUUAGUUAACACAAGAAAUAAUGAGGUAAUGAACCAAUGGGAGCUGAACCAUGAUAGUGCCAUCACAUGUUCACGUAUCUUCACAUCAUCUACUCACAUGGAAUCAGCAUUACCUUGGCUUGAGAGGAGAGAAGAAGGGAUUCAAGAGAAAGAGGAGGAAGAUGAUACUGUCGAUGAUACCAUCUUAGAUGAUGAUCUUAAUAUUCUUAUCACAAGUGCUGUAGAAGUUGCAGUUGUUUACAGGAAUGUAUUGAAAGAAGGAUUCCAAAAUCAGACAUUGCUGCCGCAAAGUGACUUGUUUGAUUGUGCGCUAUGUACAUGUGUAGCAGAUUUAGACUGGGAUGGUCAGAAUGAACUUCUCAUAGGCACUUAUGGACAGGCACUUUUGGCUUACAAGUACAUUUCACCUGAAAGUGCUAAUAUACCAUCUACCAAUGAACAAGCUAAAUCAGAUAACAGUCUUCCUGAUGAGAAACCAACCAAUGAUGAGGACGGUGAAGGGGGAGGAGGGGGAGGUGGUGGAGGAAGAAGAAAUGGUCAUUAUGAGUUGCUCUGGUCUAGAAGCUUUGCCCAUCCGCUUUUAGCCUUGAAUCAUUUUGAUCUCACUGGUGAUGGAUUAAAAGAGGUCAUUGUACUAUCAACCAGAGGACUCCAUGUUCUUCAGCAUAAUCUUGACAAGGCUGCACAGAGGUGUUUAGAAACUUUGAAAGAACUGAAUGGAGAUGACCCAACUUGAUGGGAUGUAUUCCAACAAUUACCACUGUCAUUUCAAUAUUAAUGCAUUAUUGAGAUGAAUCUUGGCUGUCAAGAAGAAACAAGAGUAACUAUUGUAUGGAGAGAUGUACAUGGAAUGGAGUGAACAUUGUUACGCAUGGAUGAGCAUGAGAAAUGACCCACCCUAAGGAUGACUAUAUGAUCCUCCUUGAUGUCCACUAAUGUACAACACCACUAGCCAAGUGCUUUUGCACCACAUUGUUAAUGCCCGGAGUCCUGAUCAGAAUGCUGCAUACUCUAUUUUUCUUUUAAAACCAUUUCUCAAGCAUGGAUGGGCUAAAAAUUUCAGGAUAUAAUCUUUAUUUGAAGCAAUCACUAGUGCAUAUAACAUGGAGAUACCGGGUCACUUCUGUGGCCAUCAUACAUUAUCCAUAUUGCCAAAUUAGUCUCUUGCUUUUAUUACAUAGACCAAAGAUUAAACCCAAAACUGUAGGGGAAGGCGGGGUAAGUUGAUCAUAGGGGCAAGUUGAGCCACCAACCCCAGGCCAAUAAUGAAUGAGUCAGACAUUGUGGUGGUGUCAUGUAUUGAUGACCCAUUGCGUAACCCUAACCCCACCACAUUGUUUUCAACUUUGAAACAAAUGGUACCUUUUUAGAGGGAAAAAUACAAAUUUCAGCAAAAAAGUAAAAAAAGGGUGUGAAAUAGAUAAGUUCUUUUUACACACACGUCUUUAGAUAUAAUAAAGAUAUAAGAACAAUAUUGUUAGUCCAGGUCUGGAUCUUCAUUCUUGUCAUAGUCUUAUGCAUGAUGGAUGCAUAUUAAAUGUGUGGAUGUGAAAUUGUCGCAUUAAGUUCGAACUGGGGUAAGUUGAGCCAGCCAACAUGGGGCAAGUUGAGCCAUGAAAAUUCUUAUGGUAAUGUAUAUAUAAAAAAACAAACUAACUUUAACAUGCCAUCGAUAUGUAGGCAGAAAGGAGCAAAUUUACAUGACUGGUUUUAGAGGAUGUUAGUAUUUACAAUGUAUAGAGAAUUAGCAAAUGAAAGACUUUAAAUAAAAAAUUGACAUGCCGGUUCCUCCCCCAUAUAUUUUGUACGUAGUUUUUGUUGCUCAACUUACCCCAGAAGGUGGCUCAACUUACCCCCACAGAUGGGGUAAGUUGAGCCAUUUGACAUCUCUUUUUUCAAAGGUGACAAUAACUUUCAUUGUUGGGGUAGAAAGUUAUAUAUAAGUGAAAAAUAUUUCAGAAGAAUUACAUUUUAAGGCAAGGUACUUAUUUUUACAAGAUUAUUAAUCAUAUCAAUUCUAACAUGCAAAAAGCAAAAAGUUUCACAACUUACCCCGCCUUCCCCUAACCUUUCAUAAUUUUAAGAGACUUGACACACAACAUUUCUUGAAAGAUCUUUCCAUGUCUCGAUUAGGGAGGCAACUCCAUACACAGGAUGUCAACUUGAUGUGGGAUGCAUGAAAACAAGGGUUUGUAGAAUCUUGUGAUAGAAAUGCCCCAGUACUAAUUAGAGAGUAAGGGGGCAAAAGACACCUUGGGUAAACAAUGAAUAUACAGGGAAUAAUUUUGCUUUACAAAUUUAAAUAGCAUUUUUGGUCAUAAGACAAAGGCUCUCAACUAAGUAAUGUACAGUCCUAUGUAAAAAUAUGCUAUACAAAAGACUUAAUGCAUAGCAGUCUUUCAAAAAUGUGGAGCAAAUUGCGAUUCGAUACCAGGAAAAUUAUUCCCUGGUAUAUCCAAUUAUCCUACAAACGGGAUAGGCUAAAUAGAAGGGCGGAAGGUAGCGGAUUGAGUAUUCAUUGGCAACAAGGCCGUUUUUGUAGGAAUCAUAUCAAUAAAUAUAGACAUAGAUUAUGAUGUGACAAAUAUAAUUGAGUAUAAACGAAACCCUGCACAACUGUGAAAAAAUCUUGAAAGGUUUCAGUGGCAGAAAUGCCUGAUCUUCCAUUGAAAGAUUUAGAGUAAAUGACGAAUACAUUCAUGAACCAAUCGAGCUAGCAAACAAACUUAACCAUUCAUUUGCAAAUUUAGGUGUUAUAUCUGAGGGUGCCCCUCAACAUUAUGAUGAUGGUGACUUGCAUUGUGUCUUUUGGAACCAUUUGCAUUCAUGGACAUAAGUUCUCAGCAUGUACAUGUACUAGAGUCUCUGAAAACACUGGGCAUUGGAAAGGCAACAGGAAUAGAUGGAUUGGACCCUGAAUUGCUCAAAAAAGCCGCCCCAAUUAUAUCUGAACUAAUGACUCCGAUUUUCAAUGUCUCUCUUCAAACAAGGCAAAUACCAAAUGAAUGGAAGACUGCUAAUAUCACACCUAUAUAAAAAAAAGUGGUAAUAGACAUGAUCCUUAUCAUUAUAGUCCCAUAUCUGUUUUUCCCAUCAUGAUGAAGGUUCACGAAAGAGUGGUUCAUGUUCAACUUCAUGCCCAUUUAAAUGAUAAUUAUAUAUUUGUAAAACAACAAUCUGGUUUUAGGAAAAACCAUGUGACAAAUACUGUUCAUCACCUAUUUUUCUGAUAGUCUGUUGAAGCAAGUAGACCAUGGCCAUCUAACAGGUUUUGUGUAUCUUGACCUGAAAAAGGCCUUUGAUUCCGCCAGUCACAAAUUGUUGCUAAAGAAACUUCCUUUUAUGGUGUUAAUGACAGAGAGCUUACUUGGAUUCAAUCAUAAUUACAUGUAUCUGGAAGAACCCAACAUACAAUUAUCAAAGGGACCUUAUCUGACAUUACUUAUGUCAAGACAGGUGUUUCUGCAAGGUUUGAUUAUCGGGCCUCUACUGUUUUUGGUUAUGGUGAAUGAUCGAUUAUCAGGCCUCUGCUGUUUUCGGUUAUGGUGAAUGAUUUACCCAGCAUUCUAGAUAUGUGUCACAUUAUGAUAUAUGCUGAUGACACUACUGUAUUAAAGUGCUGAAAAAAUCAAAGAUAUUGAAUUAGUAUUGAAUAAAGAGCUUGAACUUGUGAAUAAAUAGCUAUUAAAUACAAAACCAUCUGAGGCUAAAUUUAUCUAAAACGCAAUACAAGAUUUUGGGAUCUCCCAGGAAACUAAAAACCUGUGAUGACAUUAACCUAGUUGUUAAAACCAUGUCCUUGAAAGAGUCAACUGUUAUAAAUAUAUAGGGGUGUGGAUGGGCCAUACCAUGACCUGACAAAAGAAUGUAGAAUCAAUGAAGGAGAUUGGCUCAUGGAUUGCUCUCCUUGGAAGGCUCAGAAAAUACCCCACGAUUGACAGUUCAAAAGUGCAGAAUGGUGUAGUGGUACCGCUUGUACGCAAGCAGGCUGAAAAAAAAGCUCUCGUAUUGCUGCCAUUCUUUGGGAUCAGCUUGAUAGUGGUACCCGUAGUGCAGUUUCAAGGCACUCAUUCGCUACAUCGUACUGGAGAGCGUGAAACCACUACAUUGAAACAACAAACCCCAUUUGGCUGGUUCCAGGGUUCAAGCAAGUAAAUACAAAAUAAAUUAAUUGAUAUGAUCAUAGAAAAUGUAUACUUGUUUGUAUAUAUAUAUAUAUAUAUAUAUAUAUGCAUACACACAAUGUAUACAGUAUGUGAACAUUUGUUCUACAUACACACAUAUAUUUCUGUGUGCAUGUACAUACCCUGCAGGUCGGUUGUCUUUAUGAAUAUAUUCUUUAUUUGUUCAUUGUUUCUAACUCUUAUAUACAUGUAUAUAUGUAUUUUGUUUACUUGUUUCCAGGGCCCCCAAGAAAAACAGUGCUGAGUCCACUGACAGGGUCACCCUGGGUAAAGAAAACCAAAUAAAUAAAUAGAUAUGUUGUUGCUAUCCA